AUGACCCAGAAGGUGGUACUCAUCACGGGCUGCUCCUCUGGUAUCGGCCUCGCCUUGGCUGCCCGCAUCGCAAAAGAUGAGAAGAAAAGGUUCAUGGUCUACGCCACCAUGAGGAACCUCAGUAAGGGUGAGGCGCUGGUGGAGGCCGCAGGUCGGACUCUGGGCAGGACUCUGGAGAUCAAACGGCUGGACGUAUGUGAUGAGGACUCCAUCAAAGCCUGUGUGGACAGUCUGCCAGAGCGCAGGGUGGACAUUCUCAUCAGUAAUGCUGGGAUGGGUCUAAUUGGACCAAUCGAGUGUCAGUCUAUCGAUGAGAUGAAGACCGUCAUGGACACCAACUUCUUUGGGCUUGUGCGUUUGCUGAAGGAAAUCCUACCUGACAUGAAGAGGAGGAAAAAAGGCCAUAUCAUUGUCAUCAGCAGCGUUAUGGGCAUUCAGGGAAUUUUAUUCAACGAUGUCUAUGCAGCAUCUAAAUUUGCAGUGGAAGGCUUUUGUGAAAGCCUAGCAGUACAAGCCCUGAGGUUUAAUCUCAAUAUCAGCCUGAUAGAGCCCGGUCCAGUGAUCACAGAGUUUGAGCGUAAAGUCUUUGAGGAGGGCAUGAAGACGGAUCUCAGCAGAGCAGACAAAAUCACUGCUGACAUGUUUCAGAACAUCUACCUGAAGAACUACGGGCAGAUCUUUGAAACCCUCGGGCAGACUGCUGAGGACAUAGCAGAGCACACCUUCAAGAUCAUGACCAUGGAAAAUCCUCCUUUCCGUCAUCAGACCAACACGCUUUACACCCCGAUGACCACGCUUAAAUACGCUGACCCCAACGGUGACCUCCCUAUCGAUACAUUUUACAAAAUGGUGUUUGAGCACGACAAAGUCUUCAACGCCAGCCUGAACUUCAUCAAACUUCUGCGCUGGAGAAGUCGAAAGAGCUUCACCUUGGAUAAGGACAAGAGCAACUAACAGAGUCUCGCCCGUGGGAAGAUACGUUCAUCCAUCCUGUCAUUUUUAUUUUAUUUCAUUUGAAUUUUGAUUGAACUUUUAGCUGUAAGGUGUCUUUGUAACAAAAAGCUGAAACGAUGA